CGGCAGAGCGUGUUGCUGGAGGUCAGGGGCAUGACGAGAAGACGGACCGGGUAAAGUGUAAGGAAAAAACGUAUUUUCGACUUGAAAAUCCACCGAGACUAUAAAAUACGCUCCGUCGGGACGUGUGCUGUCGGUGGCGGAGGAUCCAGCCGCUCGUCGUCCGAUCGUUCGUCUUCUGUUUUGACUGUCGCGACACUUAGCUAGCGCUGCUAACGUUAGCUCGGCUAGCAGCGCCCCUCCAGCCUCCAGUUUGACCCUUCGGAUCUCUCGCAGCGAUGGACAGCAACUCACAGGGGUCGGGGGGAGUUAAAGGAGGACUCGGGGGUCUUUUUGGAGGCGGUGCGCCUGAAUACUCCAACACGGAGCUCGCCGGUGUCCCACUGACUGGGAUGAGUCCUCUGUCUCCGUACCUCAACGUCGACCCUCGUUACCUGACCCAGGACACAGAUGAGUUCAUUCUACCCACAGGGGCCAAUAAAACCAGAGGAAGGUUUGAGCUGGCUUUCUUCACCAUCGGAGGCUCCUGUAUGACCGGAGCUGCUCUCGGAGCCGUAAACGGCCUCAGGAUGGGCCUGAAGGAGACCAGCGACAUGGCCUGGUCCAAACCACGUAACGUACAGAUUCUCAACAUGGUGACCAGGCAGGGGGCUUCUUGGGCCAACUCCCUGGGCUCUGUUGCCUUGUUGUACAGCGCCUUCGGUGUGGCGAUAGAGAAGGCCAGAGGAGCUGAAGACGACAUCAACACGGUGGCGGCUGGGACGCUAACGGGGAUGCUCUUUAAAUCUGGCAGUGGACUGAAGGGUGUCGCUCGUGGAGGUCUGGCCGGUUUAGCCUUGUCUGCUGCCUACGCUCUCUACAACAACUGGGACCACCUGACCGGAUCCUCCUCCUCCUCAUCAAGGCUGUACUAAACCCUCCCACGCAGCCGCUUCGACAUUAGGGCCAAAUAUCUGGAGGACACAGCCUUUAACCACAGCGCUACGAGGAGUUAGACUCUGGUCAAAUGCAGUGUGCUUUACAUGGACGGGCGAGCCGGUCCCGGUCCGCUGGUUCUCCCCUCCACAGCCGCUCUCUGGGAGCCUUCUGGGAGCAAAGAGAUGCUUCUGAAAACAUAUUACUUGUGAAAAUACGGACUAAAUUCCCCUGGAAAUCCACACCGUCCUCUGACACCUCUCCCUUUGUUUGUCUUGACCCUCUGAGGCGUUCCCGUCACUGAUCUGAUCAGUCAUGAGAACACAGCGGGAGGACGUCGCAGAGGUUUGUAAUGUGAAUGUUUUUGGGAGACUUUUGAUGCCACAUUUGAGAACAGUGAACCUACAAAAGGAGCCAGUUUGUCAGAUGACGUCUUGGUUGUGUGUUUCACCGGAUGCAUUCUGAUUUUUGGACUGAGAGACUCUUCUGUAAUCGCAGAGCAACACAGAACGAAGCCUUCCGCUCGGUUCUGCUCCUGUAUUUAUUGAAGCGUAUCUGCAGUGGGUUUCAGUGUAAAGCUGUGCUGGACGUCCGUGUUGUCUGUGUGUCUCCAUCAAACCUGCUGUAUGAAUAAACCUGGAAACAUUCACAAAA